AUGAGUAGUGCGUUACAAAAUAUAUAUGUAUCGCGAUAUCUCGAAUAUCGUAGCGACUGUAACAUGAGGCGGCCUGGUGUAGCACAUUCAGUUACCUGGAAACGUCACCAACAAUGGCUUCCUCUCCGCUAUCCCCUAUCUGAUCCAAUGCUCGUUUGCGCAGCUGGUUGGUUUCGCCUCAGAUCAGCUGGUAAAAAGGGGGAAGUUAUCUACCACGUGGGUUCGCAAGACGAACAAUUGUAUUGUACGACAUUCGAGAUAUCGCAGCAUAUUUCCAUGAACGAAACUACCCACAAGGUUGCUGAAAACUCUUCGACAGCCCACGAUCGGUUUCGCCCCUUUUGGGGCUCAUCAGGUAGACGCAGUCACCGAGUUUCCUUCGACAUUGUACUUGAAACCAAAUUGCACGGAAUUAGUGAAAUACGCUCGUUUGCAAAUCACUUUACUCUGAGUUGA